GCAGAACUUUCAUGGUGCUUUCUGCAACACUGACCCAAAUCAAAGAUACGCUACUCAUGAAAUAAAUGAAAUUACUCGUAAAUCAUUUGACACCAGCUGUUUGAGAUUGAAUCGAACUGAGUUAUAUUUUCAUCUUGAUUCUUUCCAGUUUGAUUGUGGGUCCAUUCAAGCCAGUUCUUUUGGCAGCCUGGAAAGAGCUGUGUCCACUUCCACCUUUAUAAUGGAGUUUUCAUGGCAUCUUCACAUCCUACUGAGGUUUUGGUUUUUCUCUCUUCACUUCAACUCCCCUUCAUCCAAUUCAAACCCUACUUCUACGAUUCAACAUAAAUAUUUCUGGGGUUCUUUAGGUUUGCAGGAAUUCGACAUUUCUCUCUUCAAUUUUUUUGCUUUUUGGGUACCAGAUUGGAUCACCCAAUUGCUUUGUUUCAUGAAUCUUGAGUCUUUAAGGUCCAAUUACCUUCUUUUUUGCGACAAUUUGGGGUUCCCAACUGCUCAUUAUCAUGAAUCUUGAUUCAUUAAGGUGCAAUUAGCUUCUUCUAUUUUCUAUUAAUUUUGGCGAUUUAUCAAGAAAAAAUGCGUGUUGUGAAUUGGGUAUCUUCUGUUAUUGUUCUUAUAUCUUUAUAUCUUCAUCACUCAUCAUCUGCUUCAUUCAUUCCUCCUGAUAACUACUUAAUUGCUUGUGGUUCUUCAAAAAACAUCACAUUUCUUGGCCAAAUUUAUCUCCCUGAUUCAAUUCAAUCAUCAUUUUCCCUAAAAACCGAACAAGAUUCAUACUUUAUCCAAUCGAAAUCAGCAGUUCCAUUACCAAUUCACCAAUCUGCACGAGUUUUCACUGCCAUUUCAACCUACAUAUUCAAUAUCCGAAAACAAGGUCGACAUUGGAUCCGACUCUAUUUUUACCCGAUUCCAGACCACAACCUUACUUCAUCUUCAUUCACUGUAGUUACAGAAAACUUCGUCCUCUUGAACAGUUACAGUUUCAGAAGCUUCACCGGCUCUAAAUUCAUCUCAAAAGAGUAUUCCAUCAAUGUCACUUCUAACACAUUGCUUCUUAACUUUAUCCCAUCAAACAAUUCAAUUGCAUUCAUUAAUGCAAUCGAAGUCGUUUCAAUCCCUGAUGAAUUAAUCCCUGAUCAAGCGACAAAAUUGUCCCAAUCCGCCCCAAUUACCGGGCUUUCAGAACUCGCGUUUGAAACCGUUUAUCGAUUAAACAUGGGUGGCCCAAAAUUGACACCACAAAACGAUACUUUAGGAAGAAUUUGGGAGAAUGAUGAGCAGUAUCUUCAUGUUAAUAGCUCGGCUGCAAAUGUCUCCAUAAAUCCUUCACUCGUGAAGUACCCAGAAAAUUUAACGCCUGAAAUUGCACCGAAUUGGGUGUAUGCAACGGGUCAAACAUUGGGAGAUGCAAAAGUCGCGAAUUUGAACUUUAACAUCACUUGGGUUCUUCCCGUUGAUCCUGAUUUCAUGUAUUUUGUUCGUGUCCAUUUCUGUGAUAUCGUGAGCACGUCUUUGGAUACUCUUGUUUUCAAUCUGUAUAUAAAUUCUGAUAAUGCUUUUUCCGAUCUGGAUUUAUCAAGCUUCACUGGAAACCUGGAUGUGCCUGUUUACAAAGAUUUUGUCACAGUUUCAACAGAUUCGAAUACUUUAUCUGUUAGUGUGGGGCCAGAAACCGAUUCAGAAGACCCAAAUGCGAUCUUGAAUGGUCUUGAAGUUUUAAAGAUCAGCAAUGGAGCAAAAAGCUUUGAUGGGGUUGAUCCGGUGGCGAAUCUGGUUGUUUCUCAGGCGAACAAGAAGAGGAAAAUGGUGGUGGUGAUAGUGGCGGUUCUUGGGGCAGCUUUGGCGGUGAUUUUUUCCGGGUUGUGUUAUUGUUGGGUUUCGGGUCGUGGGUCCAAACCUGUUCAUACGAAACCAUGGCUUCCACAUUCAAUCACCAUGACAAAGAUGUCAACAAUUUCUAUACCUUCAUGUAAUCUUGGAAAAACCUUUAGUUUUCAAGAAAUCAUGGACGCAACUAAUAAAUUCAAUGAAAAGUUGCUACUUGGAGUUGGUGGUUUCGGGCGGGUUUACAAGGGAACAAUGGAAGAUGGUACACUUGUUGCGAUUAAACGGGGAAACCCACGAUCCGAACAAGGUCUCGUGGAGUUUCGGACUGAAAUCGAUAUGUUAUCAAAGCUCCGACACCGUCAUCUCGUUUCACUCAUCGGUCACUGUGACGAACGAUCCGAAAUGAUUCUCGUAUACGAGUUCAUGGCAAAUGGCCCUCUCAGGAGCCAUUUGUAUGGUACAGAUCUCCCGUCGUUGUCAUGGAAACAACGACUGGAGAUCUGUAUCGGGGCCGCGAGGGGCCUACAUUAUCUUCACACAGGUGCAUCACAGAGUGUGAUCCACCGUGAUGUGAAGACAACCAAUAUUCUUUUGGACGAAAAUUUCGUUGCAAAAGUUGCCGACUUUGGGUUGUCGAAGGCGGGUCCCGCCAUCGAUCAGACUCAUGUCAGCACUGCUGUGAAGGGUAGUUUCGGAUAUCUUGAUCCGGAAUACUUCCGACGACAGCAGUUGACCGAGAAAUCCGAUGUUUAUUCGUUUGGGGUUGUUUUGAUUGAGGUUCUGUGUGCAAGGCCGGCUUUGAACCCUGUUCUUCCGAGAGAUCAAGUGAACAUAGCCGAAUGGGGUCUAAAAUGGCAAAAAGAUGGGAAAUUGGAUCAAAUUAUGGAUGACAAACUUGUGGGGAAGGUGAAUUCUUCAUCGUUGAAGAAAUAUGGUGAGACUCUGGAGAAAUGUUUGGAGGAAUACGGUGUUGAUAGGCCUUCGAUGGGUGAUGUUUUGUGGAAUCUGGAGUAUGCAUUGCAGCUUGAAGAGACUUCGGCUCUUGUGGAGGUGGAAGAUAACAGUAUGAAUCAUAUUGAGGGGAUCAUGUUGAAUCCACUUGAAGGAUUUGAUAAUAGUGUGAGUAUGAUUGAUGGGGAUGAGUUUAGGAGAGCUAAUCAUGGCGAAGAUGGUUCGAUAGGUAAUGUGUUUUCUCAGAUUGUGCAUCCACGAGGAAGAUGAUUGAAUCGAUCAUCAAUUGUGAAGUUUAUAUGGUUGAUUAAUGUUUCAUUCCUGGUAUGUAAUGGUGAAUUCGAAUACCUAAUAUUGAAAAUGAACAAAGUGCUUUAUAUGAA